AUGUCGCUUGAACGGUUGGAGCUUCCAAAGUCCGAGGGUUUGAAGAUAAUGCACGUUAAAUAUUGCGCAAAAUUAGCGGAAAUUCAAGGCCUCAAUAGGUUAGAGUCCUUGGAACAAAUGAGUAUCUCUGGGUGCGCUUCAAUUGAAAGGUUGAACCUUCCAAAAUCCAAAAGUCUGAAGUACUUAAAUGCUGAACAUUGUGAAAGCUUAGUCGAAAUUCGAGGCCUUGGUAGUUUGGAGUUCUUGGAAGAGUUGAAUCUCUCUGGGUGCACUUCCUUUGAAAGGCUACCUAACUUUUGUUGCUUUGACUACCUGAAAAGUUUGAAUGUCAACGGCUGUGACAAGCUUCAAGACAUACAGAGCCUAGAGAGAUUCCCAUCCCGCAAAAGUUUACGUAUUGGAGGUUGCAAGUCCUUAGCCAUAUUACCGAACUUGUCAAGUUUUCAUGGUUUACGAGAAUUGUUCCUGUCAAACUGUCAUGAACUUCGAGAGAUCCCGGGGCUUGAGGAGUCAAUAUCUCUAGAACGUAUUGCUAUCUCGGGAUGUUCCUCGAUUGAGAUCUUACCGGAUUUGUCAUCGUGUGCCAGCCUGAUGAGUCCGAUUGUGGAAGAUUGCAAGAAAUUGACAGAGAUUCGAGGGCUCGAGAAACUGGAGCAACUAGCGGAACCGGAUAUUUACGGAUGCAAGUCACUUAAAACAAUUCCAGAAUUGUCCGGAAGGCGACUUUAUCAAAAUUGCAAGAAAAAGCCAUUUGCAUAUCAUGGGAGGAUAGAAUUUGGAUUGGACUAUUUGGACGACUCGAAUGAGUCAAGAUACUAG